AUGAAGUUAUUGCAGCAAGAUAUCGAAAGUCGUCCUACUAGUUGUGAUAAAUUGUGGAGCAGACAGGAAUGUCGUUUAUGGACAGCCAAUUUGUUUCUUGGUACAUGUAUGUUAUAUGCUGCACGUGUAGCUUUACCAGUAUGUGCUACAGUGAUUGCUCAUGAAUAUUCGUGGAACAAAAAUGAUGCAGGGACUGUAUUGUCAUCGUUUUUCUGGGGAUAUGCUUGUACUCAAAUAAUUGCUGGUCAUGUAGCUGAUCGUGUGGGCGCUGAGAAGGUGUUGAGAAUCUGUACAUUAACAUGGGCGUUGCUCACUUUCUUUACUCCUCUACUAUUCGACCUCUCAUACUCUACAAAUCAUCCAAUGCUUUUUAUAAUUAUCAUCCGUUCAGCGACAGGUGUUGGACAAGCUUUCCAUCUUCCAUCGAUGGCUUCAAUGACUUCUCGACAUCUGACGUCUUUUGAUAAGGGGCGCAUAUUAGGCAUAUGUCUGGCAGGAUCUCAUCUCGGGACGGCGUUAGCAGGUGCAGUUGGUUCAAUAUUACUGGAAACUUUCGGUUGGCGCGCCCUAUUUCAGUGUGUGGGGUUGAUGUCAUUUUUGUGGUGGGCAUUGCUUCGCUUCAUGUUGACAUCACGUAACCAAUCCAGUGACUUUGACGACGGCAAAAGCGACGAGUUGAAAGCUCCCUUAGUUAGUGGCUUGCGGAAAUCAUUUAGCAAUAGCUCCUCCGAAAAUGUGGUUCCUUGGAAUACACUCCUGAAACAUCGAUCGUUUUGGGCAGCAGCAGUCGCGCAAUACUGUGGUGCUAACGCUUAUUAUACGUUGUUCAGUUGGCUUCCAUAUUAUUUCGCAGAUACAUAUCCUGAUGCCAAAGGAGUUAUAUAUAAUGUAGUACCUUCACUUGCAAUUGUUAUAACUGCCUUUUUUGCCCCGUUUAUCGCAACAUCAUUAUUUGUCUAUGUGCAUUCUCUUACUCUUACCAGGAAGUUGAUGGAGGGUAUUUCAUUGAGUGCAAUUGCGGUAUGCUUAUUAAUUUCAACGCAGUCUAUGAGUUUCAGUGCAGCUUUAUUCACUUUUACAUUAGCUAUGGCAGCACGUGGCUUUCAUCAUGGUGGUGUUUCAGUGAAUCCAUGUGACCUUGCUCCUAACCAUACUGGCUCAGUUUUUGGUGUUUUUAAUGCAUUCUCUGCAAUAACCGGUUUUGUUGGUGUGUAUCUUGCUGGAUAUAUAUUACACGAAACGGGCAGCACUUGGGCUUACGUGUUUAUUUUUACAUCUUUGCAGUGUUUUAUUGGAGCAAUUGUUUUUUCUUUAUUUGGUACCGCAAAUAGAAUUAUCUGA